GCGCAGUUCCGCCAUGGCCACCAAGGAAGCGAGUCGUACUCCUCCGAAGUCUCGUCGGGGGCUAGAGGGACGCGACCCACAACAGGACAAGUAUUCGGUGCUACUGCCCACCUACAACGAGCGCGAGAACCUACCGCUCAUCGUGUGGCUGCUCGUGAAAAGCUUCUCGGAGAGUGAAAUCAACUAUGAAAUUAUAAUCAUAGACGAUGGAAGCCCAGAUGGAACAAGGGUCGUUGCUGAACAGCUGGAGAAGAUCUAUGGUUCGGACAAAAUUCUUCUAAGGCCACGGGAAAAAAAGUUGGGACUAGGAACUGCAUAUAUUCAUGGAAUGAAGCAUGCCACCGGAAAUUACAUAAUUAUUAUGGAUGCCGAUCUCUCACACCAUCCAAAAUUUAUUCCUGAAUUCAUUAGGAAGCAAAAGGAAGGUAAUUUUGACAUUGUCUCUGGAACUCGCUACAAAGGAAAUGGCGGUGUUUAUGGCUGGGAUUUGAAAAGAAAAUUAAUCAGCCGCGGGGCCAAUUUUAUAACUCAGAUUUUGCUGAGACCAGGAGCAUCUGAUUUAACAGGAAGUUUCAGGUUAUACCGAAAAGAAGUUCUACAGAAAUUAAUAGAAAAAUGUGUAUCUAAAGGCUAUGUCUUCCAGAUGGAAAUGAUUGUUCGGGCAAGGCAGUUGAAUUAUACUAUUGGCGAGGUACCAAUAUCAUUUGUGGAUCGUGUUUACGGUGAAUCCAAGUUGGGAGGAAAUGAAAUAGUCUCUUUCUUGAAAGGAUUAUUGACUCUUUUUGCUACUACGUAAAAGAAAGUUAUUCAUUUAUAUUUAUCAUGUUCAUUUCAAGUUAAACGUAAAGGAAGCCUCAUUGCUGAUUUUUAUGAAAUGUACUCUUAGAGCAUAAAUCAUAGGUAAGGUAAAUUUCAUGCAAAUCUUUUUUUCUGAAGGAAUUCCAUUUUAUAUGUCAAAUUAAAUGAGAAAAAUGAGCAGUGUUCUCAAUUUUCUUUAACAUUUUGCUGUAUUAAGUAAGACCUAUAAAUAAAUGCAUAUGGGGUUUUACAUAAAAUAUUGCUGCUUUUUCAUUAGAGUAUUUGAAUGCAGAAUUUCUUACAUGGGGAAAACUUUGAAAUAUUCUCUAUAAAAACUGAAUUUAUAGCUCUUUGUACCUAAUAGAUGUCAGAAGAGGAAUGCUAAAUGUAAUCAUGAAAUAUAUAUGACUUUCUACAUGAAAUGAAAAAGAUAUACACACCUUUGCCCUUUCUUUAAAAAUGUAUAUCAUAUUUCUUAAAUCAGAUAAAACAAUACCUUUAGAGCACAAUUUUAGAGUUUGGUUCUCUGUACCUCUUGAAAUGAUGAAGCAAUUCAUCCAUCAAAGCAAGUCUACUUAAAAUACAUACUUCAGUUGGAAACAGCCUGACAGCAGUGGGUAGCAGAGCUACGUUUUCCUCCUCUAAGCAAUACCUUCUAUCAGUAAAGAAAAGUACUGAUAUGAAAGCAAACUUUACUGUUACAGAAAUUUUUAAACAUCUUACAAACUGUAUAACGAUUUUUUUCUCAAAAUAUUUCUUUUCAUAUUAUUUCAGGAUUCUCAACAAAGCAUACAUCUUUACUAAUAAAAUAAAAAUUCCUUUCCUAUAGCUUUUCUCUCUGUUCAGAAAAGUGUUCUUGAUAGUUAAAAUGCAGGGUAAGUUCAGUAAAGCCAGUGCAAACAUUGUUUACUUUUGUUAAAGUAGGUAUUUCCAAAAAAGAUCAAUUUCUAACUGUAGCAAAGCUUUUGGAUCAUGCACUAUCUUUAAAAAUUUAGGGUGAGACAUAUUGUGAACAUAUAAGCUUAAGAUCAAGUUAACUUCACAAGUAAAAGGAAGAGGUGUCUCUUAAGUUAUUUAAUAAACAUUCAGCGAACAGUAUUCCUGAUUAUUACAUUUUCCUGGCUUAAUUUGGUUGCUAAAGUCAAGAAAACUUCAAGUCUGAUUUUUCCAUUUCUUAUUCUAACAGACCCUACCAGAAAUGAAUACCACAGUAUUAAACCUUUGAUGGCAUUUUGAACAUUGCCUCUUCCCAUAGUUGAGUCCAUAGGACACAUUACAAAAAGGGCCUGGACUAUUGUAUUUCCCUUUUACACAGAGCUGUACGGUAGCCCACCAGGGACCCACCUUCCUCAGGGAAGUGACUUCUCUCAUCAUAACUAUAAAAUUCAUCACUGUUGGAUGUAAAAUUAGUUUUAAGCUAACAUAAUAGAAAUGAAAUACCUUUUCUAAAAAGUGAUCAGAAUCUGUUCUUUUUCACAUAAACAUGAAAUUCAGUUUCCAUUGCCAAGUGUGUGGAGCAGAGAAGUACCUUCCUCAGAGAACCCGCUAGUAUUCUCAGACCUCGACCGAAGCAGAUACCUUUUGCCUUUUUAAUCUUUUUGGUUUUUAUUGCCACAGUCAUUACAACACUGCAACUAGUGGGGUUUACAGUAAAAGUAUUUAAGCAGUGAAGACUUUCACCAUUUGGAAGUUAUUUAGAAAAGAAUCCAGACUAUUUAGAUGCAUUUUUGUAGUAAAUGCAGUGACUUAAACACUAAAAUCAUUUACAUGUGAAUCCAGCAUCCCUUUUUACUUUGUAAAUGAGGCCAAGAAUGAAAUCCAGAUGUUCUCCCUUUGUAUUAUCACUGUAUGAAAUCUAAGUAUAUCUAAGGAAAGCCA